CGAUGGAGCUUGAGUGAAAUUGUCGAGGUACAUCACAUGCGAUAUCGCCUUCAGCACAAGGCUUUCGAGAUGCAUUGCGCGGAUCACACCAGUGCCUUUUUUGCGUUCGAUACCAAGAAAACGGCGCGAUACGCAGCUACGCGCGUGGCAUCAUCGGCGGGGGCGACUUUGAUGAACAGACGUGCGAAAACUGAAGCAGCCGAACGCGCGAAGGAGCUCUGGCGCAGACAAAAACUGAGCACUUUCGAUUAUCUUAUGGCCUUGAACGUCUUCGCCGGGCGAACGUUGCACGACUUGAGUCAAUAUCCCGUUUUCCCUUGGGUGUUGAAAGAAUACGAAGCUGAAACAAUAGAUCUGGCCGACCCUUCGGUGUAUCGAGAUCUGAGAAAACCCGUUGGCGCGCUCAACGAAGAGCGUCUCAAGAACUUCGUUGAGAGAUACAAGUCGCUGUUGGACGACCCUGACACGCCGCCUUUCCAUUACGGCAGUCAUUACUCAUCGUCCCCGAUCGUACUUUUCUUCUUGUUACGCCUGGAACCUUACACGAAACUCGCUCGAGCAUUACAGGGCGACAGAUUUGAUCGAGCAGAUCGCUUAUUCCAUUCGGUCGCGGAAACGUUCAAAGCUUGCGUAGAAUCAUCCGCUGAUGUCAAGGAACUUAUUCCAGAAUUUUACUACUCGUCCGAGUUCUUGACGAAUACAAAUGGACUAAAACUUGGGGUGCGACAGGACGGAUCGACUAUUGAUGAUGUAGUUCUCCCGCCUUGGGCCAAGGGUUCGAGGCACGAAUUCACUCGAGUGAUGCGGGAAUCGCUAGAAUCGGACUACGUAAGCGAAAAUCUGCACCACUGGGUUGAUUUGAUUUUCGGGCACGCACAGCGAGGGGCCGCCGCGGUCGAGCGAUGCAACGUGUUUUAUUAUCUCACAUACGAAGGCGCCGUGGAUAUCGACACAUUAGAAGAUGAUGAUCAACGGAACGCGAUCGAGACACAAAUCAUCAACUUCGGUCAGACUCCCGCGCAAAUUUUCAGGCGCGCGCACCCAGUUCGUCUGCCGCCCCAAGCGACAGAACACGUGGUUUCAAUCUCUCCCGAAUCGCUCAAACUCGCGACAGUUGUCUCAUCCGAGUCUAACGGCCUACCGAUGCGGGCGCAAGCGGUGGUGCACGCCACCGCGUACGAUUCGCGUAUUGCCGUGGUCACCGCUGGACGAAUGGUUUCCAUUCAGCGCUUACAACGUCCUGGAACGACAUUCGGGCUGGGUGGCGUCGAUCACUCAACCGCGUACGCGCUCGAACCAGAGACGACAUCCCGGCUCAUGCUCGAAAUUGACGUCGACGCCGAUUCGCUUGCGCAUUCGCAAUCCGUCAAUGUCGCUCUGAAAGGCAAAGUCUUGCUGAGUGUUGGCCAUUGGGACAGAAGCAUGCGUAUUUUCGACAUUGAGGAGGGGCGCGAGAUGCAGCGUAUCAGUGCACAUCGAGAUGUGACGACGUGUCUCGCGUUGUGCGAACUCGGGAGCUCGAGGAGCUGGGACGAGGCUUCGCACCAAAUGGACCAAGUCAUCGUGGUUACGGGAAGUCGCGACACCACGCUCGCGAUCUGGGAGAUGGUGCUCCCUCAAGGAGGCUGGGGCUUUAGUAAAGGCACCAAAGUCCUGAGCGCCGAACCAAAAAUGAUCUGUUUCGGUCAUGACGAAGCCAUCACGUGCGUUGCUGUGAAUUCAUCGCUCAACUUGGUAGCGAGUGGCAGCAUUGAUGGCACCCUCAUCCUGCACGACAGCCGGGAUGGGCACAUCGUUCGUGCAUUGGAAAGCACCCCACCUGGGUGCAUCCCAUCGUCCAUCGAAUUGCUUCCAAAAUCAUCUCUCGUCGUGUGCGCGUGCGGCGUCGCCGGCGCGCUGUCCGUGCAUGAUGUCAACGGUGCCACACUCGCCAAAUCGCUCAGUCGGCACGAAGCCUUUGACGCAUUUUGCGUCACCCGCGACGAGCGACAUAUUCUCAUCGGCAAUCGUCGCGGAGACAUCACUGUCCGCGCCGUGCAUGAUUUAUCGAUUCGUGCGCAAAUCAACGUCGCCAACGCGGGCGUCGUCUCCAUUUCACCCGUCGCGCGCGACGAGUGCCUCGUCGUCGGUCUUGCCGACGGUCGUGUGUGCCUCUGG